AUGGACAUGGUGUUUUUGCACAACCGCUGACCAUGAGAACUGUUGUCAUGGCCUUGACUAUAGCCCUUGUGGCAAGUCAGCAUGUGAAUCUUGUCCCUGAUUUGGCAGGCACUCAGACUUAUGUGUACAAAUAUGAGGCUUUGCUCUUCAGUGGUCUUCACCAGGAAGGUCUGGAAAGAGCUGGCAUUAAGAUCAACAGCAAGGUUUCCAUCAGGGCUGUAACAGAGAAUACGGUCCUGCUUAAGCUCUCAAAUCCUCAGCUGUUCGAGUACAGUGGUAUCUGGCCCACAGAUGCGUUUGUUGCUACUAAGCUCACCUCAGAAGUGGCUGCUCAGCUUCAGAUUCCUAUUAAGUUUGAGUACACCAGCGGUGUGGUUGGAAAGGUUUUCGCACCUUCUGUGGUCCCAACUACCGUUAUCAACCUGCACAGGGGAAUUCUGAACAUCUUUCAGCUCAACCUCAAGAAGACCCAGAACAUCUAUGAGGUUCAAGAGGAUGGAGUUCAAGGCAUAUGCGAGACCCAAUAUCUGAUCAGUGAAGAUGAAGGAAGCAACCACACCACCAUCACCAAGUCUAGGGAUCUUACACUUUGCAAUGAGAGGAUAAUUAAAGAUGUUGGCUUGACUUACAUUGAAAAGUGCACUGAAUGUCAAAAGAGGGUAAAAAGUCUCUCUGGAGCUGCAACCUACAGCUACAUCAUGAAGCCAACACCAACUGGUGUUAUGAUUACUGAAGCAACAGUCCAAGAGGUUCAUCAGUUUACAACUCUAUAUGAGAUUCAUGACGCUACCCAGAUGGAAACUAGACAAACCUUGACCUUUCUGGAGAUUAUGGCAUCUCCCAUAAUUCCAAUCAGUGCUGAAUAUUUAGCCCGUGGAGCUUUACAGUAUGAAUUUAGCACUGAGACACUUUGGAGUCCAAUUCAGCUCAUGAGAAUCAGUAAUCCACAGGCUCAAGUAGUAGAUGCUCUGAAUCAUCUGGCUACCAAAAAACUGGAAGAGGUCCAUGAAGAUGUUCCACUGAAAUUUAUUCAGCUCAUCCAGCUUAUGCGUUUUGCAAGUCUGGAUGCUAUUGAGGGAAUCUGGUCUCAAUUUAAAACCAGACCAAAUUUCAGGAAAUGGAUCUUAGAUGCUGUUCCUGCAGUUGGCACCUUAGCUGCUCUAAAAUUCAUCAAGAAGACAUUCUUGGCAGGCGAACUUUCCAUCCCUGAGUUCACUCAGGUCCUUCUGGCCACUGUGCAUAUGGUCACUGCUAAUUUGGACACCAUUAAGAUGUACUCUGGUCUGGCUUUGAGUAACAAAGUUCAAGAAACACCUGUUCUACGUAAGGUUGCCAUGCUUGGCUAUGGGACAAUGAUUGCCAGGUACUGCAGUGGAUCUCUUGAAUGCCCAGUGGAGCUUUUGAAGGUCCAGAAUGUAGUUCUGCAGAUUUUUGUAAACAAAGAUCUUCACCCAGAGCUGCGCAUGGUCUCGUGGAUUGUGCUUUUUGAGACAAAGCCAAGCAUGGGUCUGGUUAUUACUCUUGCACGUGCUCUACAGAAGGAACCAAAUCUACAGGUGGCCAGUCUUGUGUACUCGCACAUGAAAGCCUUGACAAAGAGCACACACCCUGAGUUUGCUCUAAUUGCCGCGGCCAGCCGGGUUGCCAUCAAAAUAUUAAGCCCAAAACUGGACAAACUUAGCUUUCGUUACAGCAAAGCAUUUCUCUUGGAUGGUUAUGAAGUUCCUCUCAUGGUAGGUGCUGCCGGUAGUGCUUUCAUCAUCAAUGAUGCUGCCACCAUCCUGCCCAGAGCUGUAGUAGCUAAAGUACGUGCUUACCUGGCUGGAGCUGCUGCUGAUGUUCUUGAGGUUGGCGUCAGAACUGAUGGAAUUCAGGAGGCUCUUCUGAAAUCGCCAUUCCUGCAUGAGGACAGGCUGCCCAGGAUGAAACAAGUUCUUGAAGCUCUAAAAACAUUCAAAGCCCUGCCAAAGAAGCAGCCCCUGGGCUCGAUCUAUGUGAAAGUUCUUGGACAAGAGAUUGCUUUUGCAAAUGUCGACAAAGCAGUUCUUGAACAGGCAACACAGCUUACUACUGGAAGCAAUAUACCUGAGCUGGCAGGGGAAGCACUUAAAGCAAUACAGAAUGGCACUGCCUUCCAGUAUGCCAAGCCCCUACUGGUGGCUGAAGUGCGUCGCAUCUUUCCAUCAGUAGCUGGUGUACCCAUGGAGUUCAGUUUGUAUGCUGCUGCAGUGGCUGCUGGUAAUUUGAAGGUCCAGGCUAUUGUUACACCACCUCUAACUGAAACCAUCAGUGUUUCUCAUCUGAUGAAGACAGAUGUGAAGUUAACCGCUGAAGUUUCACCAAGCAUUACCGUACAGACUUUUGCUGUAAUGGGACUGAAUACUGGUUUUAUUCAAGCUGCAUCCAUGGCGAAAGGAAAGAUCCAUACAUUUUUGCCUCUAAAAGUGGAGGCAAAGUUUGACAUCACAAAGGCUAAUUUCAAGAUAAAGGGUUUUCCUAUUGUACUUCCAGUGCAUGCUUUGACAGCACGUUUUGAAACUUUGGCAGCAGCUGGAAACAUCAAGGCGGUCAAUGCAGAGAGAAUUACACCCAUUGUACCAGAGACUGUAGUUCUGAAACAUUCCCAAGAAGCAUAUACCUCAAUGAUUUCACCUGGAGAUUUGUCAUCAGAAACCAUUAAAACUGUUAUGUCACCAGCCGAGGAACCUGAACUGAGGACUAGUGUUCCAGUUCACAAAACACUUUGUUCUGUUGUACCUCACAUUGGAGUUAAUGUAUGCAUGGAGGUUAUGUCCUGUGAUGCCACCUUCAUCAAAAACACCACCAUUUAUAACAUGAUUGGGCAGCAUGGAGUACAUAUUAACAUAGUUAGAGCUGAUGGUCCUGCUGUUGAGGGACUAGAGCUAGAGGUCCAACUAGGCCAAAGAGCUGCUAAAAAGCUCCUUAAAGAAAUCAGCUUUGCUGACGCGAAGACUCCCAAGGUCAAGUCCGUCCUGCAGAAACUGAGGAAAAUCCUAGAGGGCGAACAGAAGAACAAGAACUCCAGUUUCGUCAGCCAUAAUAAAUUAUUUUACUCUCAAAGCAGUAGUAGCCACAGCUUUAGUUCCAGCAGUUCUGUUCGAUCUUCCAACUCGCAUCUGUCCAAAGACCUCUCCAGUGGACAAAGCAAUGAAAGUUUCAAGCCCGUUCAGUCUAGAUUCCUUGGGGACUCGGUUCCUCCAGUGGUUGCUAUCAUUGCACGUGUUGUGAGAGUUGAUCGUAAGUUGUUGGGGUACCAGCUCACUGCUUACCUGGACAUGCCCACCUCAAGGGUGCAGAUCAUUGUGGUCUCCAUUGCAGUGAAGAACAACUGGAAAAUGUGUGCUGAUGGUGUCUUUUUGAGCAAGCACAAUGUUGGUGCAAGGAUUGCUUGGGGUGCAGAGUGCCAACAAUAUGCAAUUACCAUCAACGCAGAGACUGGCCACCAAGGUCCAAGUCCUAUGGCCUAUCUUAAAGUGAAGUGUGAGAAGGUGCCCACAAUUAUCACCACCUAUGCCAAGAGUGUGGCUGAAUAUAUUCCUGGUGCAGCUCAAAUGACUGGAUUGGCUAUUAGCGAUGAAAAAAACAUUAAGAGGCAGAUUGAACUGAUCAUACUUGUCCCAACUGAAAGGACCCUGGACAUCAUUAUUAAGACCCCAACAAUGACCUUGUCAGUGUCGAACUUGGUUCUUCCAAUCACUUUGCCAUUUGAGGCUAUCCAGGCCUAUCCAAAAAAUGAUGUCACAAACAUAAUUCGAAACCUUUAUAUAGAGACUAGUUCAGCUAAAUGCAGUAAGGUCAGAAACACCUUGACUACAUUCAACCAUAAGAAGUACAACUAUGAAAUUCCCCUUUCCUGCUACCAAGUCUUAGUUCAAGACUGCACUUCAGAGCACAAAUUCAUAGUCCUAAUAAAAAAGGAUGAUGUCUUUGAGCAUGAAGACCUAAACAUUAAGGUGGCAGACAUCGAUGUUGACAUAUACCACCAGAAGAGUGCAGUGAAGGUUAAAAUGAAUGGAAUUGAAAUACCAACCAACAAUAUUUCAUACCAGCACCCAACAGGUACCAUACAAAUUGAGCAUAAAGGUCAAGGUAUCGCUCUCUAUGCCCCAGGCCAUGGUCUUCAAGAGGUCUAUUAUACCAGUGACCAGUGGAUGGUUUAUGUUGUGGACUGGAUGAAGGGACAGACUUGUGGACUCUGUGGAAAGGCUGAUGGAGAAAUCAGACAGCAGUACACCACACCCAGAGGAGACCUGACCAAGAGUUCAGUCAGCUUUGCCCACUCAUGGGUGCUUCCUGCUGACAGCUGCCGUGAUGCCAGCCAAUGCCGCAUGAAACUUGAAUCUGUGAAGUUGGAGAAGCAGGUGAUUUUGAAUGGACAGGAAUCUAAAUGUUACUCCAUUGAGCCUGUGUUGCGCUGUCUGCCAGGCUGUGUACCAAUGAGAACCACUCCUGUCACUGUUGGAUACCACUGUAUGUCCACUGACUCCAACCUCAACAUGUUUGAUGGAAUCUAUGAGAAGAGUGUAGACUUGAGAGAGACUACAGAUGCUCAUGUGGCCUGUCGCUGCAAUGAACAGUGUGCUUAAACCUACUUCUUGGCUCAGUAGCACUUAAUAAAACAUUUUUUAAAGCCGCUGUAAAUUAACGCCUUCAUUUCAAUAAAUCUGA